GUUCAAAGCCAAUGACGCCUCAACGGACCAAAACUGGUGAACCAAAAACCCAAAGCUCUCUCUCUCUCUCUCUCUCUCUCUCCCGUUUUCUCCGUCAUUUAUUUUGUCAACAUCUCUUGCAAAGUGUAACGAAGCCGGCGACCCCCGACCGGAAUCCGGGGAAAUCGGCUAGGUGCCGGCUACUUAUCGUAGAUUUCGACGGACGGAGGUUGGAUCCGGACUCAGGAUUGUUGAAUUUGUGGAGUACGUUGAGUUCGUAUCGGCAUUAAUCAACACUCGAAAAGAAAUGGAAAGAUGAAUGUAAGUGUGUUUUCGGAUUCAAGUUGAUGGGGAUCUGUUUCAGUUCUGAACGACAAUACCCACCUCCUCAAGGUCCUCAGCAGAAGCACCAACAAGAAGAACAAAUUCUCAAGAGGAACCAUGUUGAAAUUGGCCACGGAAUCGCUACACCACCCAAAGCAAACAGAGCAGUUGCUACAUCUCUAACGAAACCAUCCCCAACUAAAGCAGAGAGACGAGAACCCCCUGGGAUCCAAAAUGUAAGCAGCGUCCCGUUGGUUUCCAAGAAUGUUAAAGUGCUCCGCCAAAAUCCUGGAUAUUGCAAUGUGGAUAUUUUUACUUAUGCUGAGAUGAAAUUAGCUACAAAAAACUUCCGGCCAGAUCAAAUUCUUGGCGAGGGCGGUUUUGGGAUUGUCUAUAAAGGAGUUAUAGAUGAGCAUUUGAGACCUGGUUUCAAGAACACACAAGUUGCCAUUAAGGAGCUUAAUCCAGACGGGUUCCAAGGUCACAGAGAAUGGAAGGCAGAAGUUAAUUAUUUGGGUCAGCUCAGUCACCCAAACCUUGUGAAGCUCAUUGGGUACUGCUGUGAGGACGAGCACAGGCUGUUGAUCUAUGAAUACAUGGCAUGUGGAAGCCUGGAAAAACAACUUUUUCGCAGAGUUGGUGCUACAUUGACUUGGUCUAAAAGGAUGAAGAUUGCUUUAGAUGCAGCAAAAGGGCUUGCUUUUCUUCAUGGUGCAGAACAAUCUGUCAUAUACCGUGAUUUUAAGACAUCAAACAUCUUGCUGGAUGCGGAUUAUAAUGCAAAACUUUCAGACUUUGGACUAGCAAAGGAUGGACCUAUGGGAGACCAGACCCAUGUGUCAACACGAGUUAUGGGAACCUAUGGAUAUGCAGCUCCAGAGUAUGUAAUGACUGGGCAUUUGACCGCUCGAAGCGAUGUUUAUGGUUUUGGGGUUGUUCUACUUGAGAUGCUCAUCGGAAGGAGAGCAAUGGACAAGAGCAGGCCCAGCCGAGAGCACAACUUGGUUGAGUGGGCUCGCCCGCUUUUGAAUCAUAAUAAGAAGCUUUUGAGAAUCUUAGACCCUAGAAUGGAAGGACAGUACUCAGUGAGAACUGCCUUUAAGGUUGCGAAUUUGGCAUAUCAAUGCCUUAGCCAAAACCCAAAAGGCAGGCCUCUUAUGAGGCAGGUGGUUGAGAUACUUGAGACUUUCCAGACGCCAGCAGAGAACCAGGAAGAGGCUAUGCUUCAAAGUGCAGGUAGCUGUGUGACCCUGUACGAAGUCCCAAAGAGCAGCCCUGACAAUCCUCAAGAAAAGAAGAAAACCGCGAUUAAAAGCCACGGGGAAAGAGAAGUUGGCAUUGGAGGGCUGCAGAGAAGGAGCGAGCCAACAAAUGGAAGGAGCAGGAGUGAGCCUCCCAGUGAGUGUGAUCUGUAUAGCCCAUCUCCUGAUUUCACCUACCCUGAUACAUCUGCUUCUACCAGAAAUUGAAUUGAAUUUUUAGAUUACAAAUAUGGGUGGAGUUGAAACUGUAUAAGAUCCGUCAGCUACCCUACCAUUUCCCCCCCUUUUUUUAAUAUUCUUUUUUUUUUUCCCCGUUUGUGUCUUUUUUUCUCCCCCCAGAUGAACUGAGAUGUCAAAUAAUUUUGUAUUUUAUUGUGCCUUCUCAAAGAGUAGUUCUUUGCCUUGUACAAGUAAUUUGAGUUAUUCAAAAUUAGUUAGAGGAA